AGAUGAUGGUGCGUCCAUCGAGACGAGCUCAUCUUCGGGAUCAUCGUCGAACAAAAAGAGCCUGAGAGGCAUCCUAAAACACAAAUCCUCUGCAUCGAGCAUAACCUGGAGCCCAGAGCAUGACAAGGCUGGCGCGAGCAUCAGCAUGAACGGUGCUGAAACGCCAGUAUGGAAGGCCAGUAUCGCCAUCCGGGCCAAACCUUCUGUCGUCAACCGGGAACCCAGACCUAGCCGCAGUCUGUCCAGAGUUGCGAAAGCGGCGAGGCGAGCGGCUGAUCGAAGUUCGUCCACGAAGCGUCAGGCAGCGCUACCUCCGGAGCUGAAGAUGACGAAGCUUGAGCGUGCGCCAGCCAAUCUUGUAGAGAGUCCGCACGAGCAGGAGGAGGCCGCAAAGGAGAGGAAGGAUAGUCGGAGGGAGUCCGGUCCAAUGGAGGAGGGAGAGCACGGAAAAGCUCAAUGUGUGAUUUUCACCGACGGAGAAGAUGCCGGCACUUCCGGUGACCGCCGUCCUGAUGUCUCCCGUAUACCAACCAGUAUUUGCAAAGGCAAGCAGCCAGCGAGCACCGCCAGAACGCCAGUCAGUCCUCGCGGGUUCCAAGAGCCAUCAUUUCCACCCUCACCUUCGGAUGAGGGACGUUCGCAAGGACAGAGGACGAGAACCAGUCCGGACAGAAAGGCGGAACACAUCAGAGAACUCGGCUUCGAGCCCACGGAGACCGAAGGCGUAUACCUCCGCGCCUCACCCGAGAAGCCUGACCAUUCGGUGGAGAGGCCUUCCGUUAGCGAGAUGCAGCGCAGAAUGAGGGAGUAUAUGAUCGCUCAUAGUCGACAGAUUGUGGAGAAGGAGCCCGAUGGAAGACGUCGAGCCUCACUCAUUCCAGCCGGGUGUGAGACUGCUCCCUCGCCAAAGGGAGAGGAGGACCAUGGGAAGCUAGCCAUAACGUUGACAGGGGCCAGAUAUCCGCCCGAUAUAGGAAGUGCUCCUAAUGGCCUUCCGCCACCGAACGAGGAUAGUCGCAACGUCAGCGCCGGCUCCGAUGGCGGGUUCACGGGACGUUCGGCGGGCAAGAUCCUGCCAGGAGAGUCCUGCCGCUCGCCUGAACACGCGGCAUCCUCCCAACGGCGUGGGAGUGGCAGAGCGGGCUAUGAAAACUUCACGCCAUUCUGCGCAGGUAAUGAGAUUGGUAUGUCGGUAUCGUCAGGCAAGCCAAUAGCUGCUGCAGUACCGCCUCAAGUGCCGCCAAGACCGAAGCGGGAAGGCGGGAGUGGUGAAGUAAGGGUGAAUAUGGGUGCGGCGGAGCAGGACGCGCUGCACCACGACGACGGCACGGUUGUGCAGUUGGUGGAGGGGCGGCGGACGGAGCAAGGUGAGUCGGAGCGCGUGCUUGUCGUGACCCCGGGCAGGCAGGGCAGUCAGGCCUUCGGCUUGGCGCCCGGUAGCGGGCGGCAGGAGUACCGCUUUCCUGGCGCUCCCAGCGGCGUUGUCGGCGGAGAGAGGGCGGUGGGUGGGACGGCAGCGGAUGGACGUGGCGAUGGCGUUGGGAGUGUGGGCGCGGCAGUGAGUAAAGAGGAGGAAGUUCUGCGUGUGCCGCCACCAAGUCCGACACUCCCACCUCGGGAGCUUGGAGAAGAGGUUGAGGAGAUGGCGAUGAUGAUGCUUUCGCGGCAUGAGAGGCGGGAGCGUAGGCGGGAAAGGUGGGGAAGGAGCGAGGAGAGGGAAGGCUCGAGGGACCGUCACCGCCAGACUCGCAGCCGCAGUCGUAGCAAGACUCCAAAGCCACCGAAGAAUAGGAUUCCGACGCCCAUGCCGCGAGCACUCCCCAGCACCGCGAUGGCCAGACCAGUAGCAGAAGAGGGAGAGGAAGAGGAAGAGAUGGCGGAUAGAACCUACAUCCGAGACUACGCGGAGAACACCAGCGAUGCCUUCUACACCACCAACGACAUGCUGAGGGCGAAGGUCUUCUUACCCAUGCCGAGAGCGACGCGCGACAUGGCUAGUGCGGCACGUCGUCAAGCUCGCCUGGACAAGUACGGAGACGUAGCAUGGGAGGCUCGUGCGGUCUUGCCAGACGGUAGUGGCUAUCCAGCUAUGCAGAGGCAUCUGGAUGAGAAGCAGAUCAAGGCGUACAAGGAGAGCGUGGAGAAGAGGCAGCAGGAGAACGUGAAGAAGUAUGGCGGAUACCUCGUCUACGGCCCGGCUGGUGGCGUCGUCAGAGUCACCGAGGAAGGGCAGCGCGUUGGUGGCGAGCUGUUGGUGAAGGCGGAAGAGGAGAAAGAGCGUGAGGAAGCGAGGAAGAACGUCGAAGCGAUUGCCGCAUUGGACGCUAUCGACUACAACAGCGACACGGACACUGACGAGUUGCUGGCCAAGAUCAAGGCUGCGUCGUUGAUCGAUCCCAACUCUACCUUACUCAGCCCGGACCGGGAAAUCUACGACCCUGUUAACGCGGAGGCGGAGAAGAAGAAGGACGAAGACGCCAAAGCGUCGCUCGACAGUCCGCGCUCUGACAGCCCGGUGUCCGCGAUUUACGACCCUGCCGGUGCCGAGGCGAAGAAGCAGUGAAGCGAAGAGCAACCAUGGCACAACAGAAUGGCGGCGGAAUGAACCCCAAUGCAGCAGCAAUGUACGGUAACAGUGCUGUGAUGCCCUCAGCAGGACAUUAUGCGGACAUGCAAACGGUGAUGCAGCAUAUGGAGACUCUGGCGGGCUGGCUGCAGCAGAACCGUGAGGAAUGGGCAGGUUUGCAAGAAAGCAUUGCAAGGCAGGAGCGGAUGGGAGUACUGCAGCACCAGCAGGAUCGUUCCUUACCCGCGCACAGUGAGCGGGCGCUGUUGACGAAUGGAGAUAG